GUCGCAAUCUCGCCGGAUAGCCGUCGCAUCGUGUCUGGCUUAGGCGACACCAUCCGGGUGUGGGAUAUGGGGACUGUCGAGCCAUUGGGUGCUCUCCAAGGCCACACUGCCUUCGUUAGAUCUGUUGCAAUCUCAUCAGAUGGAAAUCACAUCGUGUCCGGUUCAAAUGACAGGACGAUCCAGGUGUGGGAUAUGGCAACUGGCGAGGCAGUGGGUGCCCCUUUCCGAGGGCACACUAACUCCGUUAAGUCAGUUGCAAUCUCGCCCGAUGGCAAACACAUCGUGUCUGGGUCAGACGACAAAACCAUCCGGGUAUGGGAUAUAGAAUUUCUCAACCAGAACCACCCUUCCGCGCCUGCAAUAUGUCUUUCACCUAACAAAACCCACGCUCUUCAUUCUGCCUCCUCCUUUCUCCAAGACUCUUCCACCCCAGCCUCUGUCACCGCGAACGAGGACGGAUGGGUUGUCGGUCCCGAAGGACAGCUUCUCCUCUGGAUCCCGCUUAAUUUUCACCCGCUCAUGUAUUACCCCGGCAACACACUGGUGAUCCCCAAUCACGCCUCGCAAUUCGAUUUGAGUUGUCUCGCGCAUGGCACGUCGUGGCACGAGUGUCGGACGCAGGAGGCAGUGUCAUCUUCGUGA